AUGAGCACCCUUCUCCGUCGCUCAGGCCAUUUCGCGCGAUUAUCGAGACAGUCCCUCAACGCCGCCACACGAAACUCGCCAUCAAUACGGCCGGCUGCACCCUUACCACAUUGCGCUUUCGCGCAUCAACGUGUGCGGCGGUAUGCUACCGUUAAGCCACCACCGGAGGAUCCGAAAGACCCUCAGAAUAAGAAAGAUGGAAAAGCACCGGAGGCGAAUGAUGGAAAGGUAGCGGAGGACCAGAACAAGCCUCCGGGCAAGCCAGCAGCUGGGUUCGAGCAAUUUUACAACCAAAGUCCCAUGUCAGCGCCGCAGCCGGGGAAUGCGCCGGAAGGAAAUAAGAACGCUUCGAGUCCUGCGGCGGCGAAACUCACACCCGAGGAGGAGAAGGCCUUGGAUCAGCUCAUGUCCAUUGUGUCAAUGGGCAUGCCAGCAGAGCAGAUCAAGCAUCUGAACAAGGCUUUUGAACUCAUCAAGAAGGACGGCAUACCGCCGGAAGUACGAGAAGAGAUGGACAAGCUCAAGAGGGGCGAACCCAUGGACCUUGCAACCGCCGCAAAGAUAUCUCGCAUGACUUCGCAAAUGGCACGAAAGGCGGCGGAGGAAAGCUCGAGCGCCGAAGAGGAUGGCCCGAAGCAGAAGUCUGGAGCUCACGAUCCUGGCCCACAAUCGAAGGACCAGAAAAAGAAGUCGGACAAGGGAGCUCCCGGCGGACUACCCUAUGAACUCAAUCUGGACACAAGCACGUUCCUUACCGCCGCGUUUGUUGCCUACCUCCUAUACCGCCUGGUGGUACCUGGAGAGAACACCCGGGAAAUAACAUGGCAGGAAUUCAGGACGACCUUUUUGGACAAGGGAUUAGUGGAGAAGGUUGUGAUAUUAAACCAAAGCAGGGCACGAGUACAUCUCCACCGGGAGGCUGUUGCUUCAAUGUACCCAGAGUCGCCUGCUGCACAGCAAAAUUUCUACUACUACUUCACAAUCGGUUCCGUCGAGGCCUUUGAGCGACAGAUGGAGAGAGCACAAGACGACCUUCACAUCCCUAGCACGGAGCGGAUACCUGUUGCUUACUCGAACGAGAUAUCUUGGUUUGCAACAUUGAUGUCAUUCGGUCCCACUCUACUUUUCAUUGGAGCAAUAUUCUACUUCUCGAGACGCGCUGCAUCUGGCGGUGGAGGACAAAGUGGUAUCUUUGGUAUGGGAAAGAGUAGGGCUAAGAAGUUCAACCAUGAAACGGACAUCAAGGUUAAGUUCUCUGACGUUGCUGGUAUGGACGAAGCUAAGACGGAGAUCAUGGAAUUCGUCAGUUUUUUGAAAGAGCCAGGAGUCUACCAGAAGCUUGGUGCCAAGAUCCCCCGUGGAGCUAUUCUAUCCGGACCACCCGGCACAGGUAAGACUUUGCUGGCCAAAGCGACCGCCGGUGAAUCGGGGGUACCCUUCUUCAGUGUCAGUGGCUCUGAGUUUGUGGAAAUGUUCGUAGGUGUUGGUCCUUCCCGCGUACGCGAUCUCUUCGCAAACGCCAGGAAGAACACACCGUGCAUUAUCUUCAUUGACGAAAUUGAUGCCAUUGGAAAAGCUCGUGCGAAGCAAAAUUUUGGAGGUGGGAAUGACGAACGAGAGAGCACUCUCAACCAGAUCCUUACCGAAAUGGAUGGUUUCAACACCUCAGAUCAAGUCGUAGUCCUUGCAGGCACCAACCGACCUGAUGUCCUCGAUAAAGCGCUCAUGCGCCCUGGCCGUUUUGAUAGACAUAUCAGCAUCGACCGCCCCACGAUGGAUGGCCGUAAACAGAUCUUUGCGGUCCAUCUCAAGAAGAUUGUAACCAACGAAGACAUCGAGUUCCUUAUGGGCCGUCUAGCAGCUUUCACACCUGGCUUUUCCGGCGCUGACAUUGCCAACUGCGUCAAUGAAGCUGCCCUAAUUGCCGCCCGCCACCAAGCCGAUUCUGUCAAGAUGGAGCAUUUCGAACAAGCCAUUGAGCGAGUCAUUGGUGGCCUAGAAAAGAAAUCCCUGGUUCUCAACCCCGAGGAGAAGCGCACGGUUGCGUACCACGAAGCUGGGCACGCUAUCUGUGGCUGGUACUUCAAAUACGCCGACCCUCUCCUCAAAGUCUCCAUCAUCCCGCGUGGACAGGGCGCGCUCGGAUAUGCCCAGUAUCUUCCUGCGGGCGACACAUACCUGAUGAACGUUAAUCAGCUUAUGGACCGCAUGGCGAUGACGCUUGGUGGGCGAGUCAGCGAGGAGCUACACUUUGAAACCGUGACAAGCGGCGCGAGUGACGACUUCAAGAAGGUGACGGCUAUGGCUAGUGCUAUGGUCACCAAAUGGGGAAUGACGCGAAAGAUCGGCUACAUCUACUUCGAGGAUGAUUCCAGCCAGCAGCUACACAAGCCCUUUUCCGAGGAAACGGCGAAGAACAUCGACUCUGAGGUUCGCCGGAUUGUCGACGAGGCCUACAAGCAAUGCAAAGACCUUCUCACAGAGAAGAAGCACGAGGUCGGCUUAGUUGCCGAGGAGCUGCUUAAGAAGGAGAUGCUAGGCCGGGACGACAUGAUCAGGCUACUGGGCCCCCGGCCUUUCGAAGAUCCCCAGGACUUCCACAAGUACUUCGGCGGCACCCAUGGCAAAGUCCCGGGUCUGAUUGAGCCAGACGCGGGAGGUGCGGACGCUGGCAAGGGCGUGAAGGGGCCCGUAGUGCCGCCUGCACCAGAGCCGACUGUGUAG